AUGCCUGGUUUAAGCUUUGACAACUACCAGAGGAACCAGUUUCUCUCUGCAAACGGCUAUGCCGCUCCCAAGGCCACCUCCACCGGUACAACGAUUGUUGGUGCCAAGUUCAAGGGCGGUGUGGUGAUUGCAGCUGAUACCAGAGCUACUACCGGCAGCAUAGUCGCCGACAAGAACUGUGAAAAGUUGCACAGAUUGGCUCCAAGGAUUUGGUGUGCUGGUGCUGGUACCGCUGCCGACACAGAAAUGGUGACCCAGUUGAUUGCGCUGAACUUGGAGUUGCACGCCAUGUGGCAGUCCCGCCAGCCUCGUGUGAUUACGGCAUUGACCUUGUUGAAACAGCAUUUGUUUAAAUACCAGGGCCACUUGGGUGCCUAUUUGAUUGUCGCUGGCUCCGACCCUACAGGCUCUCAUUUGAUGUCUGUCCAAGCACAUGGUUCCACUGACGUGGGUGAGUAUCUCUCAUUGGGAUCUGGUUCUUUGGCCGCCAUGGCUGUUUUGGAAACACAUUGGAAACCAGAUUUGUCAAGAGAAGAGGCUGUGAAGUUGUGUGCUGACGCCAUUGAGGCUGGUAUCUGGAACGACUUGGGUUCCGGUUCCAAUGUGGACGUCUGUGUCAUGGAAACAGGCAAGGACGCACAAUUAUACAGAAACUACUUGACGCCUAACGUUAGAGGCGCUAAGACGCAAUCUUACAAGUUCCCACGCGGCACUACGGCUGUACUUAGACAGAGCAUACGCGACAUUGUGGACGUGGAGGAGAGUGUGGUAGAGUUGGGUCGUCUGGACGCCAUGGAGGUUGACGCAUAA